CGGCACAGGACAGGAGGAAAGGAGAGGCCACGGACAGAGAAGGGAAGGGAGAAGCCUUGGAAGCUGCAGCAGAGAUCUCUCCCCUCGCCCUCCCUCUCCCACGCGCCCCGCGGGCUCGAGGUAGACGAAGGCGGAGCCGAGCUGCCGAGGUGUAAUGCGUGGUUAUGGGGCUGCAAGGGGAUAAGGCGACGCACGACUUCCUCACGCUCUACAGCGCCGCCAAGGACUCCGCCCUGCCGCUGCUGCCGGAAUCCAAGCCGCCUCCGCCGCCGCCCGCUCAUCAAGGUUUCUUCCUCAAGACGCACGACUUCCUGCAGCCGCUGGAGCGGUCGUCGUCGCAGUCGCCGCCGCCGUCGCGACCCGCCGCGGAGAAGCCGCUCCGCCAGCACGCGCUUCCCGGCGGCAUCGGCACCUUCAGCAUCGGCCGCGCCGCCGCGGCGGACCAGCCCGGCGCCGCCGUCAAGCAGGAGCAGCCGCCCUUCGCCGUCUGGGGCCAGCCGGACCCUCGAGGUACGCCACGCACCACGCGCGCUCUCGUUUUCCUUUCGCCGCUCCGGCUACGGUUGGUGGCGGCUUGACGCCGACGCGUAGCUCGCCGCAGGCGUGAGUCGCGUGGCACGCGGCCGCGAAGGUGCGUGCGUGCCGAGGCGGUGGAGCUUUUCUAGGGUGGGCGACGCUAUAGUUCGUGGACUCGU